CCCAUAUCGGCGAGGCGAGCGAGCCAUGUCAGAGUUCCAGAUUUCGGUGGAAGAGCUCAACGACCUGCUGGCCAACGGCAGUGGCUGUUACAGCCUCCCCAGCGCGCACAGCAACGAAGUGGCGCCCCGCAUCCACGUGGGCAACGCGUUCAUAGCCAAAAACAUCAUGCGCUUACAACGCCUGAGUAUCACUCAUGUCCUCAAUGCUGCGGAAGGCAAGUCUUUCAUGCACGUGAACACAAAUGCUGAAUUUUAUGAAGGAACUGGUAUCAUCUACCAUGGCAUCAAGGCCAAUGACACCCAGGAGUUCAACCUCAGCCGUUAUUUUGAAGAAGCUGCUGACUUCAUUGAUAUGGCAUUAGCACAGAAAGAUGGUAGAGUGUUUGUCCACUGCCGUGAAGGCUACAGCCGCUCUCCCACCCUCGUCAUCGCUUACCUCAUGCUUCGGCAGAACAUGGACGUCAAAAGUGCUGUCAGUGCCGUCCGGCAGAAACGGGAGAUUGGCCCCAAUGAUGGCUUCUUGAAGCAGCUGUGCCAGCUCAAUGAGAAGCUGGUGAUGGAGAGCAAGCUGAAGAAAGCAUAGGCGCUACUUAGCCUGUGGCCUCUCUGCACUUCUUGCCAAACACUGUUAAUUGCUUUGAGUUGAGAGCUGCCAGGCUGCACAAGCGAGGCAGGAGAAAGCUCAAGUUGCUUUCAGAAAGAUUGGGUGGGGUGGUUUCGAGUAGUACCAGAAAACUACUGCAGGAUUGUGGCACCCUCAAUGUGUAUCCCCACCUUGUCCAGCCAGGCACUAGCUCACAUAUCUUUAUUUUGGAAUUUGUUGAGUAUAGUUUUGUUUGUGUGAGAAAGAG